AUGGGAAAGGUGCUAAUCAAGAAGAGAUCUCGCCCUGUGGUUCAAAGUAUAAAUGUGACAGCUCCAUCAUGCAAUAGUGCGACAAAUUCUGAAGUUAAAAGUGACAGACCUAGUCCUGCUGUACAAAGCGAAAAUGCAAGUGCUUCAAAGGAGAAGUUGGAGCUUGCUGUCCAAAGCAAAAAUGUCACAGUUUCAUCAUCCAACAUUAUUAAGAUAAGUGAAGUUAAAAGCGAGACGCCCGACCCUGUUGUGCAAAGUAACAAUGUACCAGUUUCAUCAUCGAACAGUGGUACGAAGUAUGAAGUUAAAAGUGAUCCUGCAAAUCAGACAAUGGUGAUGACCACAACAGAGUCUUGCUCUGCUUCUGAGAAUACAGGGCUAACACUAUGCCAAGAUUGGGUUGUUGGUAACUGCCGUCAAGGUCCUAAUGACCUUGUCAAUGCCAUGGUUGGGGCCGGAGAUGUACUAUUUGCUGGAGUGGAAGAUGGUUCAAUAAUGGCCUGGAAGUCAUGUCCAGAAUCAAGUAGUCCCAUAAUGUUGCCAACUCUGAAGGGUCACACCAAUGCAGUGAUUUCCCUCACUGUGGGAGGCAAUAGGCUUUAUUCAGGAUCCAAGGAUAAUACCAUAAGAGUUUGGGAUCUUAAGACUUUAGAAUGUAUUGAGACAUUGAAUGCACACAAGGAAUCGGUGACCUCUCUGGCAUUCUUUGACAGAUACCUGCUCUCAGGAUCAUUGGACAACAGCUUGAAAGUGUGGGGAACAGCUGAGAAUGGAAACUCUCAAGUAAUCUAUGAGAUGAAACAAGAAAGUGGGAUUCUGGCUCUACGCCGGAUAAACGAUGGAGGAAACAAACCAAUCUUGCUGUGUUCGUGUGAAGACAAGAUUGUUCGGGUAGCAGCUUUGCCCCUCACCCGCCAUCACUCCCAAUUCCCAAUUUCGUUUCUUACUCUAAAUUCAACCUCUUCUUUCUCUUCAAUUACUUCCUCCCCUCCCCCUAAUAAUAAGCUCUUUGUUGGAGGUCUUUCAUGGUCAGUGGAUGAGAAAUCACUUCUGGACGCCUUUUCUUCUUUCGGAGAUGUAACUGAAGUGAGGAUUAUGUACGAUAAAACGACUGGUAGAUCUAGAGGUUUUGGGUUUGUCCAUUUCUCAAAAGAGGAUGAGGCUGCCUCAGCCAAGGAUGCAAUGGACGGAAAGGCAUAUCUUGGUCGGCCGAUGAGGGUUACAUUUGCUCUCGACAAGGUUCGUGGUGCUCCUGUUGUAGUCCCUCGCGUUAGGAACAGUGAAACUGAAUUUCAGCAGGAAUCCUAA